AUGGGUGCAGAGCCCACCUUAGCGAGCUCCAUCUCCUCCUCCACUGUGUGCCAGUCCGCUUGGGGCGGGCGUGCCCGUGUCCUGUGCCAGGUGUGGGGGCUGCCCCCACCUCACCUGCAGGAUGGGAAAUCUAGCACCCCCGGUGUCGAGGGCAUCUUGGAGGUGGUGGAUUAUUUGUGCACUCCAGAGGAAAAUGUUUACAAGAUAGACUUCACCAGGUUCAAAAUCCGGGACAUGGAAUCUGGCACAGUCUUGUUUGAAAUCACCAAGCCAGCAGCUUCAGAACGGGAGCACAAUGACAGGAAGGAUGUGGACCCCAACGCCGGGCGCUUCGUGCGCUAUCAGUUCACCCCCGCCUUCCUCAGGCUGCGGCAAGUGGGAGCCACGGUGGAAUUCACAGUAGGGGACAAACCCAUUAAUAAUUUCCGUAUGAUUGAGAGGCACUACUUCCGUGACCAACUGCUGAAAAGUUUUGAUUUUGAAUUUGGCUUCUGCAUCCCCAGCAGUAAAAAUACUUGUGAGCACAUCUACGAAUUCCCCCAGCUCUCAGAGGAUCUCAUUCGAGAGAUGAUCCUGCACCCCUACGAGACACAGUCGGACAGUUUCUACUUUGUGGACAACAAGCUGGUGAUGCACAACAAGGCAGAUUAUUCCUACAGUGGAGGACCUUGAGCUGGGCUGGCCUCCCCUUCCCUCUGGAAAUCGUCAGGGAUCCCAUAAAAACCUCCUGCUCUGCUGCUCAACGUCACCUGGACAAGGAUCCACCAACCAAGGACUCUUUGCCACAGUAGGAGUUUCAUGACAUCUCUUUUGAGCUUUUUGAAGCAGACCCAGUUCUUCAGAAGUUUUGAGCUAAAAUCAUCUUUGGAUACCACUUCCCUAAGUUCAUUAAGUGUCUGCUUUGAAAAUGGCCUUGUGGGACCUGAGGGGUUUUGCCCUAAUUCUGUGAAUUUAUGUUCCUGCCCUCGAGUAUCUUUUAGGAUUGCUUUCCCAAAGAAUGUGAUCAGAGAAACCAUGGGAGUGGAUGGAUGCAGAGGCAGAGGUUUGGGUGGUUGUUUCUCUUUGUGAAUGCUUCAAAGGCCAAUUUAACUUGUCCAGCCUGUUGAAAAUAUCGAGCAAAACAUCUCACCAAGGCAAGUUUCAUCUUUAGAUUGGCUCUCCAUGAGUGUUUCAUCCUUUAGUUUCCAUCCUCCUGUGUAAUGUUCUGUUUAACCUUGGGAACACCAACACCUGCAAUGAGGAGCAGUAGCUCAGUGACAGAGCUGUGUAAAUUGGGUGUUUUACAUUUACAUUCCUUUUACAUUUCAGCUGAAGGUAAAAUGGCAUUGUGGGUCUGUGAACCUCCAUAAGUACAUUCCAUUAAUUACAGUUUUUUGCAGAAUAAUCAGGAAAAGCAGAAGGGGUUUAUCUUUAUUUAACAUUUUUGCUUUAUUAAACGUUCAGCCUUUUCAUGCCACACAUUUCCCAUGUCUAAUUUCUUUCAUCUCUGCUCGAUACCAAGAUAAGGAUUUCAGCACUGCUUGUUAAAGCAACGUUUUAUUUGUCUAGGGCAGCUGGGGAGUGUGGAAUUUCCAAUUUUCUACUUGUAUCUGCAUUUAAGGGAGGUUAAGACAGUGUUUUCCCUUUGUUAAAAAUGUUUCUCAUCAGAUAUUAAUACAGGUGAAACUAAAUCUAAUAAUCUACAGCUUUAACACACAGCAAAAAAUUUAGCAAAAGUUCUCUCUUCAGACUCUGUGAGAAGUUUAACACCAAUUUAGCCCAAGAAAUAGCAACACCAAAAAUAAACUACUGUGGGCAGACCUGUUGUCAUGAAACCCUUACUCUGAAGGUCAGUUCACUGAUACUAAAAAAAAAAAAAAACAAAAAAAACCCAACAAAAGUAAAAGAGAGUUGCAGUCUGUAGAUAUUUCUAUAAAUACUUGAUGUCUCCCUGUCUAAUUCUGUGAGUUGAAGUGGAACACUCUGUGUUAGGAUAGGUGUAAUAAUUGUAAUAAUUUUUAUAAAAACACCAUUUCCAGUCGUGAUGAGCAUCUCUGUAGUCACAGCCUGUGUCAGACAGUACAACAAACAAUUCAAGUGUAGCCUAAGGACAGGGAGGUUUUUGUGCCCUUCUUGGGGCUGUGGUCACUUUUCAAUGUGUC